CGGUUCACGGGACUAAGGGAAGCCGAGGCGACGCGGCGCCGACGCGCCUGCGCGCGUACGGCGGCCGAAAGGGACCAGAGGCGGCGCAGCCGGUGACAGCCGCGAACCCCACCCUUUCCCCACGUGGCCACGAAGACCGGCUUGGGAGCAACUAGUGGGUGUCCUUGGCCCCAUGAGGAGAAGAUGACAAUGACCUCCAAGCGUAUCACCCAGGAAACCUUCGAUGCAGCCGUUCGUGAGAACAUCGAGGAAUUGGAGAUGGAGCCGGAGGAGGCAGUGAAAGAGGCUGUGGAGCAGUUUGAGUCACAGGGAGUCAAUCUAAGCAACAUUGUAAAGAUGACGCCGAAAGUCUCUGCAGAUGGACUCCAGGAGCCCACACAUGACGUCCUGCAGGCUCUGGAUGACCUGCAGGAGUCUGUGACCCGCUCUGACCUGCAGGAGGCAUCAGCACACCUCACCCGCUUUUGCGAGCAGUGCGAGCAGCACAAGGCCUGCCGCUUUCUGGCAGCUGAGAAGGGGGCCUACCCCAUCCUCCUUGCCACCUGGAAGUUGGCUGCCACAGGUGACCAAGGCCUCCUGCUCCAGGCCCUCAAUGCCCUGUCAGCCCUGACUGAUGGCCAGCCCGACCUCCUAGACUCCCAGGGGCUGCAGUUGCUGGUGGCCACGCUGGCCGGGAAUACCGACUUGACCAACGUGACCUGCUCUGGGAUCCGCUGUGUGCGCCAUGCCUGCCUGAAGCACGAGCAGAAUCGGCAGAGCCUGGUGAAGGCUGGUGUGCUGCCCCUGCUGACCGGCGCUAUCACCCAGCACAGCCACUGUGCCGACGUGGUCAGGGAGGCCUGCUGGGCCCUACGUGUUAUGACCUUCGAUGAUGACAUCCGUGUGCCCUUUGGCCAUGCCCAUGACCAUGCCAAGAUGAUCGUGCAGGAGAAUGGAGGCUUGAGGGUGCUCAUUGAGGCUGCCAAAGCAUUUCCUGACAACCCCAGCAUCCUGAGUGAGCUCUGCAGCACCCUGUCCCGCCUGGCUGUCCGCAACGAGUUCUGCCAGGAGGUUGUCGACCUUGGGGGCCUCAGCAUCCUAGUGGCCCUGCUGGCCGACUGCAACGACCACCAGGACCUUGUGAAACAAGUGCUAAGUGCCCUGAGGGCCAUCGCAGGCAACGAUGAUGUGAAGGAUGCCAUCGUCCGCGCCGGCGGGACUGAAUCCAUUGUGGCUGCCAUGACCCGGCACCUGGCCAGCCCCCAGGUGUGUGAGCAGAGCUGUGCGGCCCUGUGCGUCCUGGCCCUGCGCAAGCCAGAGAACAGCCGGGUCAUUGUGGAGGGUGGCGGGGCUCUGGCCGCACUUCAGGCCAUGAAGGCACACCCGCAGGAGGCUGGCGUGCAGAAACAGGCCUGCAUGCUGAUCCGAAACCUGGUGGCCCGCAGCCAAGCCUUCUCACGGCCCAUCCUGGAGCUGGGGGCCGAGGCACUCAUCUCUCAGGCCCGUGCUGCCCACCGUGACUGUGAGGAUGUGGCCAAAGCUGCCCUGCGGGACCUGGGCUGCCACAUCGAGCUCCGAGAGCUGUGGACUGGCCAGAAGGGUAACCUGGCACAGUGACCCCAGGCUCAGCCUGGGCCGUGACUCUGGGUGAGUCAUGUGACUCAGGAACGGUCAGGAAUGGAGGGCUGGGGGGCAGAUGGGAAUCCAAGUCCUGCCACUCUGCCCCUAGAUUCCUCCUCCACGAAGGAGAGGUGUUUUCUGAUGGGGAUCAGGUAUAAGCUAGAGGGUGGGAAGGGAGCAAUAGUGAUGUGCCUCUACAGCAGAAAGCAGCCCCUGGGUCCCAGCCUCCCUUCACCCUGUUCCCCUCACCAGCUGACAGCAUUGGCAUCAUUUGUCUUGCGCUACCCAACCCUGCCGCCCUUUCCCAGUAGAAGAGCCCCCUAGCAUUGCUUGGGGCCAGAUGUCUGUCUGAAAUAGGGAAACCAUUGCUGGCCAGUCUCAAAGCAGGGUAGGGAUCCCACUUCUGUUCCUACAAGUCUGUUCUCAUCCCUGCUACUAUUUUUCUCACCUGUAAAAUGAAUCACAAAUGCCUUGCUCUGCUGAACGGAGGUCAGGGACCAGGGCUCAUUUGUCUCCAGGGGUCCCAGGCCAGCCAGUGGUGCCUGGUAAUAAACGACUGUUGGUUGAACAA